AUGGAAAUUCCACCUUUCCGUAUUGAUGAUUCCACGGAGAUAUUUUUGAGAAACGUCAUUGCUUUCGAGCUAAGUUGCCCCGAAAUUCCUAGUUACUUCACAUCAUUUGCGUUCCUCAUGGAUCUCCUCAUCAACACCGCAGAAGAUGUUAAAUUGUUUGAGGAAGCAGGAAUCAUAAGAAAUUAUUUAGAUUCCAGAGAAGAAGUUACCCAACUCUUCAAUGGUAUUUGCAAGAAUGCCAUUUCAGUUGACUUCUUCCAUUACAGUAGCCAGUACCACGAGGCGAUGGAUUUCUGCACGCCUUGGCGAGUUUCUACUGGAAGGCUCAAACAUCAUUAUUUUGGUAGUCCAUGGGCGGGCAUGUCAGUCAUUGCCGGCCUCUUCCUUUUCGUCCUCACGUUUUUAUCCACCAUAUACACCAUGCUUUCUUAUUUUGUUGGUGAUACAGGGUCAGGCUUGCCCUAA